AUGUUUGAUCUCAGAAAUACAAGAAUAAAUUACAAAAUGUCAAGUAAAACUGUGAGACCGCACAUUUUGAAAAAGUCAAGUUUUAAUCUACGACCAGGCAGCUUCCAGCACUUCUUCAUCUGGAUGCUGACUGAUACCUUCCUAAUGCUUUUAAUGACAGCGGGAAUGCUUGCCAUGGUGAAUAAAAUAAAAGGCCUAUGUGACUGGAUAACGGAGAAUAAAUGGAUCUCAAUUCUUUUGAUGAUAAGUUGA